AUGGGUCCCAAGAGUGAACCGGCACAAUGUCAAAAAUUACAUUUCGAGUUGAACGAAUUUUUAUCUAACAUUAAGCAUUAUAAGAAUACUUUUAAAGGUGAAAUCCAGUGGUGUAACAAUCUUUCCUUAAAUGAUUGGAAAACUCAUUAUCUGCAAAUUACGAAGACUGGAGCCUUAACGCAUUCAAUCGAUGAAUCGACAGUAGAUCCUACUAAUAUCCAACCCAUCAUCAAACAUUUACAAGAAUGUGAACUUGAAAUCAUCAAGGAUAGUCAGUCAUCUUUUAAAGAUGUAAAGGCAAAUUGUAACUUUAUAAUUCAAGUUAAUACUUCAGGCAAGGAUAACAAAGUGUAUCUCCGAGUUAAAAAUUGGAAUAGUUUCAAGAAACUGCUGACGUGCCUGAUCUGGUGGAGUUCGAUGAAAACAAAGGGUAUAUUUAACAAGUUUCAAAUAUCAGUACCUCAUAAGUUUAGCAAGAAAAAAAUGGGGAAACGAGAAAGCUUGUUGGUUUAUAAGCUGAAUGUUUUUGGACCCAUGGUUAAAAAUAUCGCCCUUCCGCCACCUACAAAUUCCUUAGGUAACCCCAAUAUUAAUAAUAAUGAUAACUAUGGAGUAGGCUGGUUCUCCGCUAUGGGUGUGCUCAAAUCAGAUGGUAUACUAGAUCUGCUUUUACAAAGUGACGGGUCAUUGAUUUACUCAUUAAACAUUAACCAGCUUUUAAAAUCAGAGAUAAGAAUUUUAGAUUCUUCUGUCUUACAGAAUGAGAACUGUUUGUUUUUAGGUGAGUUGCCCUUGUUACGAAGUCAGUUGAACAUUAAAAAAUUUUGCAUAGAGAACUUUAAUUCCGGUACUAAUAAUUCUAAUGAAGUCCCCCAAGAGAUAAUUAUAGAAUUUCCACUGAAAAUAGAUUUGGAAGAUUGUUUUGUUGCGUUACAGUCAUAUGCUAGGUCAGAAUACCUAUCUAUUACUGGCUCAGACAAGUCAAACGAUAUGAAAAUAUCAAAUAGAUUCAAGAUUUCUAUAUUGGAGGCCAACUUCCAGUCCAUCAAUUUGAACGAUAAGAACAAUACACCGUGGUCAAUAUUCACUGAUAUAUCAGCCUGGGACCAUACGUGGGCUAGAACAUCUAUGGCUUCAAAUUCCCCGAAUCCAUUUUGGAGGGAAGAGUUUAAAUUUAACGAACUUUUAAAAUUCACUAAUUCCUAUCUGGAAAUCAAGCAGCUGUUUCACGAUGCUAAUAAUAAAAGUAGGUUGCGGUUGAUAGGUAAAAUUAAAAUUACGCAGGAUACAAUAAAUGAUGCCAAAUAUAACAAGGAAACAAGACUACCCAUCAUGGAUGUUGAUAAUCAAAAUUUUCAAAUCGGAACGAUCUGCAUCAAAAUUUCUUCAAAUUUGAAUUUUAUUUUGCCAUCAACUAAUUUUAUUAAACUGGAAAAGCUUUUAGCUAACGCAAACUUGUCCAUGAUUUCUAACCUAAUUUACAAAUCUUCUUCGUCGAUGGAGAAUGAUAAUAAGUUGACACAAAUAUCUAUAAUUUUUCUUGAUAUAUUUCAAUCUUUAUUUCGAAUGGAAGAGUGGUUCCAUGUUCUUAUAGAUAAAGAACUGGCUAAAAUAGAUGGGACUGUUUCAAGGAUAAAUCAAAAAAAUUUAGACUCAAAGCAUAUUUUCAACAGUCUCUUCCGUGGUAAUUCUAUUCUAACAAAAUCAACUGAACAGUUUUUUUUCAGAGUAGGCAAUGAGUAUUUGAAUAAGGCACUUAGUGGUAUAUUGAAGAACAUUAUUGAGUCAAAUAAAUCAUGUGAAUUGGAUCCUGCCAGAAUAAGGGAAAAUGAUCAAGCAAAGAAAGAAAAAACAAUAGCCGAUAAUUACAAAAGAUUGUAUUCUUGGGUUACCAAAAUUUGGAAAAAACUAUAUGCAACAAGUAAUGACUUACCGAUUGAAAUCAGAAAUGUUUUGAAAAUUUUUAGACAAAAGCUGGAGAUGAUUUGUAUCGAAGACACUUUGCAAAUAAUUUUAAACGGUAUAUCAGGGUUGUUGUUUUUGAGAUUUUUUUGCCCAGUUAUUUUGAAUCCUAAGCUUUUUAAAUAUGUUUCUAAAAACUUAAAUGAAACAUCGAGAAGGAACCUUACUCUAAUAAGCAAAGUUUUGCUUAAUUUAUCUACAUUAACACGUUUUGCCAACAAAGAACCCUGGUUAAUGAUGAUGAAUCACUUUAUUGAUAAAAGGCAUGAUGAGAUAUUGGACUACAUCGAUAAAAUGACUCAUAAGAAACUAGACUUUAACUCCAAGACAUUAAACUUAAGUUGUACUAUUUCAAGACCUAAAUUGGCUAUUAAUCAAGCGAUUUUAAAUGAUUUACCUCAGAUUCCUUAUCUGAUUGAUAAAAAUUUAAGAGAGACGGAAUUAAUUAGUUUGAUUGUUAACUUCACUCAUGAAACUGAGAAGACGAUUGCGAAACAUAGUCAGAUAGACAAUGACGCGAAGCGAUAUUCAGCGGCGGGAGAGGGUCUCUCUUGCAAUAGUAGUAUAAAUUUGGCGAUGGAUGGGAAAAAACUGGAUUCACCAGUGGAGGUUAAGCCAGAAAUUGGAGAAUUAGAAUUUGAGAAAAUAACCGAAAACAAUACAGAGGUUUUUGGGGACGAUUUGAUGAAUUUACUGAAAAGUGACGAUGUGAAUCCCAAGAAUAAUAGCCUGAAUGCCAGCGCCAAUAUUAACGUUAAACGUAAUUCCACAUUUAUGACGCUGGAAGAGGAGAAGCGCACGAUGGAAGAAUUGGAACAAGAGUCCUGUUUGCUUUACAAUAAGAUUGAUCGUAUCACGAAGAGAUUAUCAGAUUACGAGUGUGCUUCCAAUAGUUUAUUCGAAGACAAAAAAUAUUCCAUUUCCCUCUCACAUGAGAUAUUUUAUGAGGAAAUAAAAGAAGGCAAGGGAAUUGCUCUUAAGUUACUGAGCGGCGCAUCAGCUGAACACCCUCCUGGAAAAUUGCAGAAACUAUUCAUAAAAGGAGUUGCAGGCAAACCUAAUAGCAGUAUUGGAGAUAGCUACAGCAAAUUUUUGACCAUUGAAGGUCCCGUGGGCACGAAUACGUCAGCAGUAGACGGAACGUCAUUGAAUGAUGAAGUCAAGGAUGAUUAUUUGCUAUCCUUUAACUCUCAAGGUAAAGGUAAUUUGGGUAAUAGAUUUUCUCCCACAAAGUUGUCAAGGAUAAUGAGGAAAUCUCCUAAUACAGAUACGCCCAAAGAACAGACUUCCCGUAAGUUGACAAGAUGGUUUAAAAAAAAGAAGGAAGUUGAAAAGACUUGA